GGAAGUCCUCAUUAUCAUUUAUUAUUAUCUAUCUCACUGAUUUUAUGUAUGAUAUUUUCAUCAUAAAUACAAACGUAAUUUUGUAUACUAAUAUUGUGAUGAUUUAUUUAACAAAUAGUUAAACAGUUCUAGUUAAAUAUAAAAACCGUUCAACAAAAAGAAAUAAGACCGAUAUAACAAGCAGAAAAUAAAACAGAGUAUAUUAUAUUUUCAAAAAGAGGUAAAAAAAAGGCGCCUCUUUUCGUGCGCGCGCGCCUAAAAGUCUAUUUUUUAGUAAUUGUGCACUGUAAGUAACCCAGCUCCAAUCAUGUUGACCUUGACAUAUGUUAUAGAGGCAAGGAUACUGCACAACUUUUCCUUAUAAACUAAUUGGUGUUCUCGUCUAGUUUUCGAAAUAUACUUAAAGAAAGAAAAAACAUUUUUUCUUAAUUAUUUCAAAAAAUCUUUAUUUUACAAAAAUAUGUGUCAAACAAAAAAUGAAGUUUGUAAUAAGGUCUAUAAAAAAGGUUUUAUACAUGUUUUACCUAACUAAAUACUGAAGUUGUUAUAGUAGAAGAACUGUUUUAAAAUAAUUCUUUUUUAUUCACGAAUGCAAAAACGAUAGAGAAAGUUUAUGCUGUUUGAAACGUCUCUUUUUGCAAUUUAAAACAUGUAAACAUACAGCCUAAGAGCGAAGUAGAAUGAAUUUUUUGUUUCGCAAGCACACCUCAUACAUUAAACGCUCUAUCUGUGUGAUGACAAUCUAUUGCAUAUUAGCUGAUUCAAAAUAAAAUAUUCAAAUUAACUAUUCCAAUGCAAAAAAUUCUACGCGGUGAUAAUUGUUAAUUUCCUGUGAUCAUACAUUACAUGAAUACAUUAAGGUGAAUUGAAUACAUUAAAGAUUGUAGUCAAUCGCAACAUGAGUUCUACACUAAGAGAAAUCGUUUCUUUCAUUGUAUGAACUCGACAGUCGCAACUGACAGCUCCAUAUGCGAUACAUUUCACAGAUAGACUUAAUCUUUUAGACGUUUUGUGAAGAUGAAAGACAAUUUUUACUUUGAACAUACAAUAAGUAGGACGAGAUUGUAAACAGACAUUUAAAUUAAUCAAAUAUUGACUAACUGUUUUACAAAAUGCUCAGAAAGAUGCCGGAAAGCAAUACUAAAAAUAACGCAGCGACGAUGUUGGAUAAUGAGUGCAAGAUCGAGUUGCAAGAAUCAAAACAACUGCUGGAAGCCGAGAAGUGGAAAUCAAAAAUGUAUAUCCAAUUCAACGAUCUUUCCUACUCGGUUCGCAACCGCAAAGGAGCUGAGAAAACAAUUUUACAUAACGUCACGGGGCAUUUUGAAUCAGGGAAGUUUACAGUAAUAAUUGGUCCUUCCGGUGCAGGAAAGACUACUUUGAUGAAAAUUAUAUCGGGAAAACAACCCCUAGAUGUUAAAGGUACUAUCACAAUAAACGACGUUAAGUGGAAUCGAGCAAUGUUCCGUAAACAUGUGUGUUACGUACCGCAACACUUUGAUUUAUUGCCGUUCCUCACAACGAGCGAAACGCUCUACAUAGCGGCUCGAUUACAACUCGACGGUAAUCAGAACAAACAAGAGAUUAAUUCAAUUGUGAACAAUAUCGCAGAAAAUCUUUGGUUGUCAAAUUGCUUGGACACGUUAGUAAUAAAAUUAAGUGGUGGCGAACGGAGAAGAUUGUCUAUCGGCGUGCAAAUAAUCAGCAAGUCAUCAGUUUUCUUAUUAGAUGAGCCAACAAGCGGUCUUGACAGUGCGGCGUCUUACCAGUUAAUUAGCAUAUUGCACAAUAUGACAAAAGCAAAUUGCGCUGUAGUUUGUGCAAUACAUCAACCUAGUGGUCGUAUGAUUUCGCUUUUCGAUGACAUCAUGGUACUUAAUCGAGGAAAAUGUAUGUAUUGCGGACCAAAAAGCGAGAUCUUGAGCACGUACAACAUUGCCGGAUUCACGCGUCCUAGCUUUUACAACAUAGCCGAAUUUGUUCUUGAGGUGAUAACUGAACAGAAAGAUGAAGAUUUAAAAAAUUUACAUAAGAUCUGUCGUGAUGAAUAUGAAAAAUUCAAAUCGCGCAGUACAUAUAAAAGUAAACAGAAUUCAUCGAUUGAUUUCGAACAAAAUUUCGAAACAGAUAAUACAGUCACAUCCACAAAAAUCAGAAGACCCGAAAAAUCAACAUGGCAGCAGCAAAAGAUUUUAUGUUCACGAGCUCUAAUCUGUAUCAUGCGAGAUAAUACCUUUACAAAACUAAGAAUUGCAGCGCACAUCACAGCUGGGCUUCUAUUCGGAUUAAUAUUUUAUAAUUUUGGUGACGACGCCAUAAAAGUACAAAGCAAUAUAUCUUGCUUAUUUAUCGUUCAAAUGUAUUUAUUUAUAAUAAAUGCCCUACAGACAGUGCAGAUGAUUCCCACGGAAGCGAAGGUAUUUCUACAGGAACAUUUAAAUAAUUGGUACUCUUUCAAAGCCUACUAUAGCGUAAAAGUAUUAACGGAUAUUCCGGUGCAAAUACUUUGCACAACAUCUUUCUUGUUAAUAACAUAUUACAUGACAGGACAGCCAAUGGUAUUUAAUAGAAUUAUACAGGUUUGGAGCAUUUGUCUGUUAACUGUGAUUCUUGGACAAACGUUCGGAAUAUUUAUAGGCACAGCUUUUGGCACCAAGUUAGGUGUAUUUUUGAUACCGGGAAUUAAUAUACCAUUAAUGAUUCUUGCUGGAUUUUUUGUGAAAAUAACAGAAUUGCCGAUGUAUAUAAAACCAUUAACAUUUCUAAGCUACUACAGAUAUAUGUUUGAAGGAACAUUGCAGGCGAUCUACCUUGAUCGACCUAAUCUGUCGUGCUCUGAAAUUUAUUGUUACUUCAGUUCAACAAAUAAGAUUCUCUCAACAAUGGACCUUCCAACAAUGCCGUUUUACGUCAUUUUGAUAAUACUUAGCUCUUGGAUUUUCUGUUUCCAUAUAAUCGUUUAUGCAGUAUUCCAUUGGAAACUUUAUUAUGCGAAAAAGUGACGUGUUAAUCUUGAACCGAGGAAAUAAUCUGCGCCAAUGCUACCUCUCAAUCGACACAUACAUGAUAUACUUUCAUAUAAGAACACACACACACACACACACACACACCUACACAAAAUACUCUUUGAAAUAAUCACAAUUGUAAAUUUAAAAUACAUAAAUUUAUAAUCGAUAAUUGUAUAAUCAAUCUUUAUGAUAAUUUUGAUAUCUUUAUAAUCAUUCAGUUUUCAAUGUUAAAAUAAAUUUAUGAUUUUUAUCUAA